AUGAAAAGACUCACAGGAAGAAAGCCUGCAUUUAAGCCAAUCCUACAGGAAAAUAAAGAAUCAGAAUUACCUUGGCAUAAAAUAGAAGGAUUCUCUGGGUGGUUCAUUUAUAAAAUGUCGAAAUAUUUCUCAUUGGGAAUAUUCCCCACGGGAAGUACAGAAAUUAAAGGAAGAAAGCUUAGAGCCAGAAAUAAAAUAAAUUUAUCAAAGGUGUACGGUGAAAUAUCUGUGUUAGACUUAGAUAAUAUAAGUACAGUUAAGGGAUCCCUUAAUAAUUGUAUAAUUAACACAGUUGGUAUUAAAAAUACUGUUAUUUCUGAUGAAUUAUGGCGAAUUAUUAGGAGGGCAAAAAGAAUAAUUCUUAAUAACGUAAAUAUAAAAAAUUUUAAGGAAGAGAAUUUUAAAAAUGCAACUUCCAUAGACAUAUUAGGGAGUACGGUUAAACAGAUAGGAAAUAGAAUAAUUGAUUUAAUAACCAUAAAUAUUAAAAGGGUUAGAAUAGCAGACAAGAACAUUUUAAUAUUUUGGGAUGAGAGUAAGUGCAGUACUUGUGUAAUAAGAUAUUUUGAUGUGUACAGGAUAAUCCAAAGAAUCCCAGUUAUUAGAAUAAUUCAUUUUGAUGGGAUUGAGAUUACCAUUGCAAUUAUAAAGGAAUUAAGGAGGCAUCCUAUUACUACUGUUAAGUUAAUUGGUUGUAGGAUACACCCCAUUAAGAUAUAUGAUUUAGUAUCUACAUGUGAGAAGUAUUUAAUUUAUAUUGAAUUUAAUAAGACAGCUGUACCUAUCUCUACUGUAGAAUAUUUAAGAAGUAAAAACCUAGUAGUUACUGUGCUAUAAAUAAAAAAUAACGGUAUUUAAAUUAACUUGAAC